AAUGUCAAAUGCAAGGAUUAUCACAACAAGAACCAGCGACAAGCCGCCCUAGACCGGCUGGGUGUCAAACUCAACGUCAGUGGUGUGUAUAUUAUUUAAUCGUCGACACACCACCAAUAACAAACAACGAAUGGGUAACCUCUGCUUUAUCCUACUUGAUUGAUGGGUGUCACUGGAUUGCUACCUCAGUGGGCCAGUAUUACAAAGAGAUUCCUGAUUGUGUGUACCGUGAAGGAAGUAAAUAAGAAGCUGAUGAAUCUGAGGACCUACUACAGUAAAGAGCUGGCCAAGGUGAAGAAGUUGAGGCUGAUGGCGGGGGACAGCAGGGAAGUGUACAAAUUGCAGUGGCCCUUCUUCGAUCACAUGAACCUCUUCCUCAGCGCACAGGUCAUGCCCAGGAAGGCCACCAUCUUUGAGCUGGCUGAAGAGAAUGGGGAUGCUGGUGAUGACAAGGGUAGUAAGCCCUACAGAGAGGACUCAGACCUGGGGCCCAGCUCCGUGGUGAGCAGCAAACGGAAAGCUCCCAAUUAUCUGGGCGCCCACAAGAAGUUUCGAGAGGGCCUGCUGCUCCAGGAGGCUGUCCAGGCGUACACGGCAGCUCCCCUGCCCACCACCCCUCUCCCGGCCCUGUGCUUCGAUGAUGAGGAUGACAUUUUUGGGAAGCACGUGGCCAACGAGCUGCGGCUCGUCAGCAGUCUGAGGGCCAAGCAGUUCGCUAAGCUGCAGAGCCAGAACAUCCUCUUUGAAGUGCAGUUCGGCUGCUCCCAGCCGCCCCACUUCGUGUCGAGCUUUGAGUCCCCCGAGGGUCCCUCUGACACAGAGAGUGCCCCUGAUCUCCCCUGAAAAUGCCUCUUGUCCCACAAGGAGAAAAAUCUGUCCUGUCUGUGCAGGGAUAAAGACCCUACAGAUUGAUACUUCACCUGUGAGAAGGUUUUUAAAAAGCAACACUGAAAGAACCGUUCUACCUCGUGUAGAGCGGGCGACGAUGAGCAUUCCAUUUAGCAGGUUAUUAUGAGAUGCCUUUGGCUGCAUUCACACUGGGUCUGUUUCGUUUGGAACAAUGCAUCAAUGUGCUUGCUGUUCACAUUUAUCUGAGAGCAACGGGACCAAGUUUGUUGGUUUGGUUCUUGUCCAACUUUUUUUCAGGACCGAGUUUGUUUGUGUUCACAAUGCAGUUUACAGGUGCACUCGGUUUGUUUUUAUGGUCUGUGAACCGGGUGUUUACAAUGUCCUGGAAGGUAUCUUGAAAGAUGGCAGCUGUUGAUUUAGUGCUCUGUUUUUUUAAUAAUAUGUUUUAGAUUAUUGCAUAUUGCUGUGGAAGAAAGCACUGGGGGAGCACUUUUUAAUGAAUACAUUUUUUGAGUGCCUGUAGUGCAGUACUCAGUUACGCAAUACUGCACAAUUAUUCUACUGUAGGCAUUACAGCCAUUUGAGAGCUUUGUCCAGUUUGGCUUCGAUUUUGGUGUCUAACCAAAUUUCUAUCGGAGCUUUAGUUUCUCGCACUGUUCAUGUAGUUUAGGGUUACCACAUUUCCAGAGUGAAGAACUACAGGGAUGUGUUUUUAAUUCACUGAUGCCAUUAAAAUAACAGCAUAUGAUAACACAAUCAUGAUUUAGAAAUUAAACAUUAGUGUAUUUACUGCAGAGCAUAACAACUCAUUGUUUUCUUUGUCAUCUAAUCAAAACAUGAUAAAUGAACAAAAGGCCAGAUUAGAAAAACAUUGAUUUAGCUGUUGCCGGUUAAAUGUGUGAUAUACACGUAAUCAGAAUUAUGAAAUAAAUAAUCCGUAAGAUAGUUUUGUUUUAUUUGAAUGGUGCCAACACAACCUAAUACACGUGCUGUUAACUUGUUGAGCACACUGAUGCAGUUUGGUACUUUUAAAACAAAUGUGAAUUCAAUAGCAAAACUGGCACAAGUUAACAAUUUUACUGUUUUCAGACAGAUAAAAAAUUAUCACCCAAAACAGACAAUCUGGUAACCCAAAUGUCCUCCCCCACCUCCCUUCCCGAGACAUUUCGAUUUUUGAUCAAUUUGUUCCCUCACAGUGUUAACUAAACUGCACACAAUAUGUUUACUUCUGAUUUAAGGUUUCCUUGUAUAGUUGGUUUUCUAUGUGCAAAACGACAGAGUCCAGCAGUUUUUCACAUUGAGAUUUAGCAGUGGAACCAGACUCUGCGUUUGCCAAACAGACCAAGACCACCUCUUUAGGUGGACUCGGUAUGGUUCGUUUCCCAAGCGGAUUUUGUUGUUCACACUUCACACCAAACGUACCGAACCGUACCAAUUGUGGACCAAACCCUCUAAACGGACCCAGUGUGAACACAGCCUUUUUUUUAUCUAGAUUUGCUGCGCAGCUAGGAAGGGAGCAAAGGGAGCAGCUUAUUGGUACAACUUUGAUGGGAUGACUCUACAUCCGGUUGCUGUAGUCUGAGCUGCCAGCUUGUUUAAGUCCUUUGACCGUACUGGGGUUUACAACUAUGCUGAAUAUUGAUUCUUCGAGGAUGAGUUUGAUUGCACAAUCAGAAUGUGUGACCCCCCCCCCAAAUGAAAAGCACAAGCUAGGUUAUACUAGGUCUGGUAUUUAUUAAGUGCACAAUAUUAUUUUCUGUAAGUCUAAAUUUAUGUAGCUCAUUAUUGCCCAGAUUGCUUCUAUUUUUGUUCAUAGUUAAAAUGUUUCCAAAAAUAAACAGGAAACGCACUGCGUAAAGGUCACAGAGUCUAAAUUUGAGUGAUAGGUUUUAAAAUCCAGCCUUUAUUCCAGAUGUGAACUGGGGCCAAAUUGACUGUAGAAAAAGCUUAUAUCUAAGCUUGCUCCUUUUCAAUGUUUAUUUUUCAGGUGCUCACAAAAUCACUUGCCUUUUAGACAAAGUUAAAGACAUUAAAUACGUUACUCUAAAAGGUGAGGGAUUUAUUAUGAUAUUUUGUGAGCCCCUGAAAAAUAUACAUUGAAAUGGAAGUCAUUGUUCUGGGUCCAGAAUAGUAAGCAGUAUCCACACUAUCAACUUUCAUUCCUCUGUUCAUUUAAAUAAAAGUUGCCAUUUUCAUGCUGAAUAAAUACAUAUUUGCUUGAUUUAAAAAAAAAAAAAAAAAAAAAAAAAAAAAAGGUAUCCAAUAAGUCAGGCAUCAUCUAUUAUGCUAUUUUAUGGUGUUCAAUCGGCACCUCGCAUCAAACUGACCUGAAUUCACUCCUUGAAGACAUUUCACACAAGAUUAUAUAUUAUAUAUUAACAGUUCUACCUGUGGUACCUGACUCAUGGCACACUCUGUAUAUGGAGAUUAUAAAACUAAGACCCUACACUGUGACAAGUACUUUAGGACAGUUUUAUUGUAUUUUUAUUUUAUUUAUUUAUUUUUUUUUUAAGAGUUGUUGCACUCACUAUAAAGAUAUAUAAAUAGGGACCACAAAACGAAAUUCCUUUCUUAAUCAUGAAUCAUUCAUGUUCUGAUAUUGCUUCUGUUUUUUUUUAUUGAAUCAUUGAAACUUUUUUUUAAAAAGCUCAGCACGAUUCAUAGCAGUACGUUCUCUACUAAAGACCGUCGCAAGAUGCUUUUAGUUAGUUCAUCACAAGGGCUUUUUCCAUCAUCGUUGUUGCUCUCACCCAGUGCUCCGGGUAAGGUUUGAGUUGUUGAUUUCAGUAAAUCCUGUAUCUAUGGCUUUCCUUCUUUUUAAUAAUGUCUGUGAAGUUGCUGCUGUCGGUGUAGUUCGCGACUGCAUUCACUGAGUCGCCAUCCACUAGUACUUGGCUGUUUCCUUUUUUUCUUCAGUUUCUUGUGCUGUCCCUCGAUAGAGACAGCUGCCUAAUGUUAUUUUAGGUAAGACAGUCCAGGAUUAGUGCUUUGUGAAGCCAGCUAUAAGUCUCACAUUGACACAUAAAGCAAAACACAAACUAGGAACAUGUUUUAAUGGUGUUUAGUAGAGAAGGCAUUGCUAUGAACUAUGCUGAGCUCAAACCUUUGAAGGAUGUGAUGGAACAAAACAAGAAUGGGAAAGCAAAUAUGAAUGAUACAUGGGUGAGAGAAUUAUAUGUGUUCUACUUUUAAAGUAACAGCAAUUGCUACUUUGGUGCUGGGACCCAAAAUGCAUGAUGCCCGUAGUGUGUGAUUUCUAAGUAAUUAUGUAGCGUGUCGGGUCUCUUAUUGUAUAUUAAGAAGCAAAGCUGUUUAAACGGUCCAAAAUGAUUUCUGUUCAAAUAAAUAAACACCUUUCACAGUUACUAUAAAUCAAAAAAAUGAAGAUUGUUCUCAUGAACUGCUGUUGCUUUUUUAACUUUACAACUAUGCUGUAUGUUUAGUGCACAGGAUAAGAUGUGCUGGAAUUCACACGUGGUUCAUAAUAUCAUGUGAACCAUGACCUGCAUGUCAUUGGAUACAAGCACUGUGGGUGAGAUGAUAAAGACACAGGAACAUUCAUUGUGAUUUUCUUAUUUUAUUUCAAUAAAAUAUGCAGGAAGAGAGCUAUCUUCAGACUAACUUUUUUCUUUCCUUUUUGUUUUUGUUUUUUUACAUUUGUCGAAAGUUGGCAUUUCCAGUUUAAUUUACCGAACUGUGUUUUGUUCCGUGUAUAUACAAUGCUAUUGGCUUUA